CCGCCAGCAAUGUCGUCUGACCUCCCUCUCCUCCCCCCCCCCUUUCGCGAUCUAUCUUUCUCACCUGCUCCAACAGUUGAAACAGGUCCUAAAUUUGAGUGGACGAGAGUUACCAUUCGUCCUGACCUGGUGGUCCCUUGUGUUCUUUUUUCUUUUCUUUGCUGCUCUUCUUCUUAGGAGUGUGUAAAUUGUGUGUUUUUUGUUGCCUUUCUGGUGCUUUUUUUUUGUUUUGCGUGCCAAAAGUGUAGUGCAGAAGAUGGUGAAAUUGCGUAGCGGAUGGGUCACUUGCAGUCGUUACUUAUGCGGUUCUGAUAUUUAAAUAUUUAUUACUGUUUAGCAAUUUAUGGGCCGUAAAUAAACCCUUGAAAUCUAGGUGUGUAAUAGAGGAACCAACCGUUUACGGGUGAACUUAUUGUGUUGUAAUGAUUUUUUUUUUAUAAAAAGGAGAACUUAAAUCAUAGUGUUGUUUUAAACGGAUUUGAAAGAAGUUUUUCUAGUGAAAUAAAUAUUUCUAUAAAAUGUGUAUAGAACAUCACAAGGAAAUUUGAAUUGCUGAAUUGAAUAAUUGAGGCUUACAACAGAUAGUCUCAGCCCUUCUGGAGCAUUUAUGGUUAAACAGGGACAUGUGUUGAUGUCUGUAUCAUUUUUAUUGCUCUGUGUUGGACGUUUCUCAAAUAUAUGUAGUGUUGUGUGAUCGUGCAUGCCAGUGCCAUAUUACAGGGAAGACAAGUGUAACAUUUUCCGACACCCGACGUAAAUCUUUGGGUGGGAAAUUUGGUGGAAAGUGUCAGCAAAUCAUCUAGCGUGCCCAAGCUAAGACAGGACAAACCAUGGACAAGGACCAGCAGAAACAACCGUUGGUUAUCGAGUACCGGAAAAACUAUGGGACGUCUGCCAGCUCGCAACCGUUCUUGCCUGCGGCUUCACAAUCGACCAGCUCGUCGGACCAGCAGCUACCUCAGCGGUCCAUCAUCUAUUGCGUGCACGGACAGCUGGCCGAUUCCUGCUGCGAGCUGCCAAACGAGCUCCGCAUCCGAAAGAUUGACUCGCAUUGUCACAAACCCCGGCAGGAAGGGAUCGAUAAGAUAGCCCGGAAGAAGCUCAUGCUGGCGAGUGUGCUUUGCGUCAUUUUUAUGAUUGCCGAGAUAAUAGGUGGUAUUUACUCAAACAGUCUCGCUAUCGCGACAGAUGCAGCCCAUCUUAUGGCGGACUUGGCCAGCUUUAUGAUAUCGUUGCUUGCCCUAUGGAUAGCGGCACGACCAUCAACCAAGCGGUUAUCAUUUGGCUGGUAUCGAGCGGAAGUUAUCGGCGCGCUAGUGUCGGUGUUGAUGAUUUGGGUUGUGACGGCAAUACUGUUUUAUCUGGCAGUGCUGAGAACAAUAAACAGAGACUUUGAGCUCGAUGGCGAAGUAAUGUUGAUAACAUCUGGUUUAGGAAUAUUGGUGAAUGUGAUCAUGGGUGCCACGCUGCAUAACCACGGUCACAGCCAUGCGGGUGGUGGACACCACGAGGAGGAAAACAUCAACGUUCGGGCUGCAUUCAUCCAUGUGCUGAGUGAUUUCGUGCAGAGCCUGGGCGUGUUUAUAGCGGCGUUGGUGAUUUAUUUCAAACCCGACUGGAACAUCAUUGAUCCGAUCUGCACGUUUGUGUUUUCGCUGCUAGUGCUCGCCACAACGAUUGCCAUCAUGCGAGAUGCAAUUGUGGUUCUUAUGGAGGGCACCCCGAAGUAUCUCGAUUACACCGAAGUUAUGCAAACGUUUCUGCAAAUUGAGGGCGUCGUAAGAGUACACAAUCUGCGCAUUUGGGCUCUCAGUAUCAACAAGAUAGCACUCGCUGCUCAUUUAGCUGUCGAACCAACUACCAACACCGAGCUUGUGCUACGGGAAGCCACACAAACAGUUCACGCUAAGUAUAAAUUUUUCGAAACAACGCUACAAAUAGAAGAGUUUCAACCUGAUAUGGAAGAUUGCAAUCAGUGUUCGAAUCCAAUUUAGUGGCCGAGCCUGAAGCAGGGCAAACCGAGUCUCAUUUAAAACACAAUGCUGCUGGCAGAAAGACAACCGUUAAAAAUGUUUGUUAAAAUAAAGCUAUGAAACCGUCAAAGAUACUGAA